AUGGUGAAGCUGAGGAAACUACCGAAAGGGGGUGAGUAACACAAGCUUUCAGCUGUUUUCUUCCACUUUUAUGCUGUUUUUGCCAUGGAUAGCAUAAUUUUUUUUCCGUAUUCUUACAUAAUUUUAGUUCUGAAAGCUUGGAGGCGUCGGUCCGACGUAAGGUCCUGCUGGCCAUUCGUCGAGUGCCUUUGCAGCUGUUCGAACGGCCCAAUCGGGAUUGUGUUCAUCGAUUGAUUGUUAUUGAUGGAUGUAAUGUCGGAAGAUCGUCGUGUGGACCUGGUCGUGAGAACGUAAACUGUAUUGGGUUGCUGAUGAUGGCAAGGUUCUGGAUUGUUCGCGAUUUUGACGUUGUGAUUUUUAUCCCUGUAACUUAUAACAAUCCGAACAAUCAAAAUGUUGCGCAUUCCAGUAUACUGCCCGUAAGUUUUUUAUAUUUUCCCUGAUUUUUAGGUACUUCUUAACGCGGAUCAUUUUUUAACAGCAAGGCUAGACCCUGUUCUUUAUAGAAACUCCAAACUCUUGGCAUUUUGGGCUUCACUUCGGCCAGGACGACCGGAACUCGUCGGCGCGCCCACAUGAAUUAUGACGAUCUCUAUGUUUUGGACUUUGCUGAACGUCAUGGGGGUGCUGUUUUGUCCGGAGAUUAUUUUGAAGACAUUCUACAGAGUGGUGCGGAUUACGAAGGAUUCAGGGAGAUUAUUAAACGUCGACGCGUUGGGGUCAGGUUUCAUCCGUUUGGAGAGGCGUUCGCUCGUAUCAAUGGUGAUUAUUUUUAUCGAUGUUGCCCCGAAAUACAUUCAUGUAAGUCAUGUCCAUUGAUUCAGAAGCUCACAGAGGAAGGGCGUUGUCUAUUUUACAAUUUUACUUGUCAAUUUGAACCUUUGAAACCCGUUAAAAAACCAAAAUAAUCUAGUACAUUAUAGUGUCCGGAACUGACGAAGUCGUGAGUGUGGAGCGUCUUCAUUCCCGUGUGUUUUCAAUCCCCACUGAACCGGAGUACGAGAAGGCUCUGAGACGUCGGGAAAUGGCCUGGUGUACGGAAAGAAGACAGCAACUUUUGGAUGGAAUUGAUGGAAUUAUAAAUCAGCUGGAACACUCGAUGAAUAGCUUCACUGUGGUCGUGGAAUCGGCAAGUUGACUUUGGAAAUUGAGUUUUUGCGUAAACUAGAGUCUGUUGAACGAAGGAGAACAGUACCAUUAGUUCAAACCAACCGUAAAUUGCGAAAACGCGGAAUGUGUUGGCCAAUCUGCAUAAUUUUACGUAAUUUAUUCAAAUUUUCAGAAUCUACGAGCCAAUCCCAAUACGGAAAAAACACUACGGUCGAACAUUGCCUACCUGAAUCAUCUGCAAAUGCGCCAACGAAUCCCAAAUUGUCGUCCGAUCUCACCAAUCGAAGACGCGCCACUGGUUCAACGUCAAGAAGAGCCGCGAAGCCUGUGGUCAUCCAGAAGUUCUGGGGAUUUUUUUGUGACCGGUGCGAAUGCUGUUCCAUUGGUAAGAUUUUUUGUUUUAUUGGUAUUCCGAUUUAUAUUUAGGCGUUUGAUGAAGUUCUCAGCCAAUCAAGAUUUUUAUUUUUCCAUGUGUAAUAUAAAAACCCCCGCGAAACUUGCUGUUUUAGACAAGAAGCUCCUCAUCUUCCUCCUAUGGCCGCCCUCAGCCUUCUCCAGCUCCAGUUGCUCCUAGAAUUGUGGAGAGUCGCCGAACUAAUAAUGUUACAUACCCCCGAAGAGUUUCUCCGAAUGAGACCGGAAGAGUGAAUGUUGGCGGUUUUUCUGCUAGGUAAGGGGUUUGAUUUUUGUUUUUUUUUUUUUGGCUGAUUUAGGUGCAUAAUAAAGUAUUCUAACAAUGGCUACAGUUUUUAUCGAUGAGGUGAGAAAACAUUAUGUUAUCCAUGAUGGAUUAGAAUUACUGGAAGUAUAGGGGAACUUAAACGGCUUUCGUUAGAGUAGUCGAAGAUUUUAGACAUGUCAGAAUUUAGAACGGAAGAUUUUCUUAAGAGCUCUAAUCUAAUUUUUUUUCUUUUUGUCUUGAACCAGGAAUAUCGCUUCUUUGAUGCAUUACUACUAUUUCAGCACAAUUCGGAUCCCACGAAGACAGGAACAAUCGACGUUCCUUGAGAUCCCCGAUUUUAAUCAUGACGAACCAGCAUUUCAAACAACCCCUCCAGACGAUGACUCAGUCGAUGAAGAAGACGACGAAGUCCGCUACGUUACAAACCUCUGGAACUCCAUUGAAUUUGGAAAUCAAAAAUUUGGCGAGGCUGAUUUGUUGAACGCCACGCCCGAAGAAUUGGUCGAUAAGUGGCUGAAUGAAGAAGACGAAAGCGAUGAUGUCCCCAUAUACGUGGAUCAAAUCACAGACCGAUUGGACAGCACUUUCCUGGACGACUGUGAGCCUGCAACAGACUAUGGACCAUCAACUCGCCGUGCCAACACCUCUUUUGAAAAUAUUAUAGACUUUAUUUGA